GAUCGGAGUAGCUCCAACCAGUAUAAAUAUGAGACCCCCUCCCAAAGUCUGCAGGUCAUUCUAAGGAGAACGGACACCUGGGAUUUCUUACUGAAAAUUGAACGUUUUUGAUUGGUCAACAUGAUGUUUCAAGGCCUGGCAAUGUGCCUCUGCGUGGUGCUUAUGACAUCUACGCAUGCGCGUCCAAGUCCAACCGAACGGCUUGAGAGCGAACUACUGGGACUUUUGAGGCGCAUGGGACAAAAUGCAGGUCCACCAUCAAGCCAACCAGCGGGAAAGGGAGGACCACCUCCUUGCCCAGAGGGCACAACCUGUCCACCUCCUUGCCCAGAGGGUGCCACAUGUCCACCACCACCACCACCACCACCAUCAUCAAACCAACCAGCGAGAAGAAAUGGUGGACCACCACCAUCAAACCAACCAUCGCGAAAUGGUGGACCACCUCCUUGCCCAGAGGGCACGACCUGUCCACCUCCUUGCCCAGAGGGUAUCACAUGUCCACCACCACCACCACCACCAUCAAACCAACCAGCGAGAAGAAAUGGUGGACCACCACAAUCAAACCAACAGGCGGGAAAUGGUGGACCACCACCAUCAAACCAACCAGCGGGAAAUGGUGGACCACCUCCUUGCCCAGAGGGCACGACCUGCCGACCUCCAUGCCCAGAAGGCGAGACUUGUCCACCACCACAAACGACGCAAGCUCCGACUAAACGUGACCAACUCAUCAUGGACAGUUUACGUUACCUCCUGAGUGAGCAGGAUGGUAAAGGCGCUAGAGGCCAAAAACGGCCACCGAAGAAGCAAGAAAAUAACAAACAGGGGCCUCCCCCACCGCCUGAAGGUGACAAGCCAGCUGGAUGUGAAGGCGUAGACUGCCCUCUUUCCUCGCCUCCUCCACCAACCAAUGGUAUCAGUCAUUCGCCUGCCCCACAGCCCGAAGGCGGUUCACCACCAUGCGAAGGGGAAGGUUGUCCACCCCAACAAUCAACCACUGCCCUACCACAACCUCAGCUCGAAUCAAAGAGUAAAGUAUUGUUCGCCCGUCGACUCCUUGAUCUCCUUAGCGGGUUCAGAAAGUAAACAUUCGAUAGCAAGAACAAUCAUAAAACACGUGAUCGUUCAGUAAUCGUGUCACUAAGACAUACCAAUAUCAAAGUGAACCUUCACUGAACAAGCGUGGAAUUCUCAAUACGAAACUGGAUUUGACAUCGGAUCGAAGAAUUGACUGAUGAACUGUGUGUUGUUGUUUUUUGUCUAUCGUUUAAUUGUUUUUUCUAUAAUUACUUUUUUUGUAUGGUUGCUAUGAAUUUUGAGUCAGGA